AUGGCAACGAAAAAGGCGUGCGUGGAUGCGCCCAAGAGGAGCCGGAGUCCGGUCGUGCUGGAGGCGGAGAUGUUCGGUGAAUUUCAGGACUGGUGUCUCCGGACUUAUGGGGACUCCGGUAAAACAAAGACCGUCACCCGGAGAAAAUACAACAAAAUCAUGCAGACACUGUUGCAGAGCGACGAGUCGGACGGCGUGUACGUCGACAACAGCCACAUCAACGCCAAAUUCAAAUUCUGGGUGAAGUCGAAAGGAUUUCAGGUCGGGACCAACGUCCUAGGAGAGCACAACAAGAAAGGGGCGCCCGGGAAACCCGUCCUAUAUGUGCCGGUCAAGUCAACGUGUUCGGAUGGUAAUUCCGCCCAAGACAACUCCUCCCUGAAGCGUGUGGCUGUGGUUGAAGACUUCUUUGACAUCAUCUAUGCCAUGCAUGUGGAGAUGGGUGCUGACCCUGGCCGAGCACCCAAACACGCGGGCCAGAAGAAGACCUACAAAGCGAUCGCAGAGACCUACGCCUUCCUGCCCAGAGAGGCGGUGACUCGGUUCCUAAUGAGCUGUGGAGAGUGUCAGAAGAGGAUGCACAUCAACCCCAGCACGGCGGAGUUCAAAGAAAAUGACAGACCCGCCUCCCUGGUCCCGGACCUCAUUGAUUACAACAUGCCUCUUACUGCCACCUACCUGAAACAAAUGAAACUGCAGUGCAUGACUGCCAAUGAAAGGGACGACAGCUCGGUGAGCAGCGAGGACAUGAACGGCAUCGAGCCCACAUGGGUCGCAGCGGAGCAGCCCCCAGUGCCUGAGCCCAGUCCACCCCACGGGGAGCGAGUCAGCAACCCAGCAGCCGCCAUUAAAGAGGAGGACGAUGACGACUCCUCGGAGAGCGGCAGUGCCAACGGGCCGCCGGCCCUGACCUCCCCGGAGGUGCUGGCUGCGGGUGGGAACCCCCCAGAUGGUGGGGCCCCUUAUGGGGAGGUGACGGAGAACGGUCUGAGCGCUCCCCUGGACUUCAGCACCACCUCGUCCUCGUCCUCCUCAGAGGAUCAGCAGCCGGUCAAUCUGAGUGACAGCCUGCUGCCGGUGGGGUGCUCGCCCACAGACCCCACCAGGAAGUACCCCGUCAAAACAGAGUACACCAACAAGUCUCCUCCGUACAGCUCAGGAAGCUAUGACUCUGUGAAAACUGAACUGAGCAUGAGUGCCGAGGACUUGACCUCCGGCCGGGCGCAGAUAAUCGAUGAUGACGACGAUGAUCACGACGACCACGAUGACAGCGACAAGAUUAAUGAUGCUGAGGGGAUGGACCCCGAGAGACUUAAAGCCUUCAAUAUGUUUGUGCGUCUGUUCGUGGACGAGAAUCUGGACCGCAUGGUGCCCAUCUCCAAACAGCCCAAGGAGAAGAUCCAGGCCAUCAUCGAGUCCUGUAGCCGACAGUUCCCCGAGUUCCAGGAGCGCUCCCGCAAGCGCAUCCGCACCUACCUCAAAUCCUGUCGCCGAAUGAAAAAAGGCGGUUUUGAGAUCCGACCAACACCUCCUCACCUCACCUCUGCCAUGGCUGAGAACAUCCUCGCUGCCGCCUGUGACAGCGAAACCCGAAACGCUGCCAAGAGGAUGCGGCUCGACGUCUACCAGUCGUCGGAUGAGCCAGCCUCCGGUGACAAGUCCAACUCGAGGGACGCGGCCCCGACAGCAUUUUCCAUUUCCAGCGCAGCUUUCGCCCAGGAGCAGCUCUACACCAACGGAGGCCUCAACUACAACCUGCGAGGAUACGGGACGGCCGGCAGCAACCAGCAGAACUCUGGAGCUGCACAGACCAAUGGUCCCACGGAUCUGAGUAUGAAGUCCGUCGGCCCAAACUCUUCCUCCAGCUCCAACAGUCACGGUCAGGGCGGCGGCGGGGGCGGAGCCUCGGCCCAGCUCAGCCCCCCGGAGGUCACGGCGGUGAGACAGCUCAUCGCCGGGUACCGGGAGUCCGCGGCCUUCCUCCUCCGCUCGGCCGACGAGCUGGAAAGCCUGAUUCUGCAGCAGAACUGA